GUCCCCCUGCCUAGGUCCCCUCCACCAUCUCCCCUCACUGCCCUGCACCAUGCUCACCAGCCUCGCCCUCUAAACCCCCAAAAAUCCACUUUUACACAUGAUUUAAACCGGUUUCACCUGUGGAUUACACACACGGGGGCGAACAGGAUCAGCACCAUGCCACACUGAGCGGAACCGGCCCAAGCGGACUACACCGGCUACAGGAACUACAGGACCUACAGGACCAGGGGGAUCAAUUACAUGACUGAACCCAAAUCAAGCUUGGAUGAUUUUAUUAUUAAUCUGCAAUGCAGUAUAUCCAGACUUUUGACAGGUGCAGGAGCAGAGUCCACCCCUAACGCCGCUAUGGACCCCCAGAAUAAAGAGGCCGUGCAGCCAGGCUCUCCUAAAGCCUCCAGCCAUGGUUUUAUGAGGGUUUUAAACCGUCCCGCUCAGUGGCUGCUCGUCAUCACUCUCCUCGUAUCGUGGUCAGCGGCUGCCGUCUACAUGUUCGACUUUGUGAGCGAAGAGCAGCUGGCCAAUCUUCAGGAUAUUGGUUCAGAUCCUAUAGGAGCUGUAAACAGAGCUGUUGAGGACAUUACAGAAAGGAUAGACCACAUAAAUGAUAUAUUUAAUGAUCCUCAAGAAUACAUACCGAAUGUGAUAUCUGAUCCAGUGGGUACUGUCCAACAGUGGACGGACUCUUCAGCAACGUUUCUCUCGGAAAUGCUCAAUUCUGCAGACAAGGGAGUUACGGGUUACUUUAAGCUGGGUUCUGGAGUGUUAGAUGAAGUGAAUGAUUGGGUUCGGGCUCCAGCUGUCUACCUCUUCCACACAUUUGAAGAUGUGCUGGAUUUGGUGAUUUUCCAACCUCUGGAAAUAAUCAGUGGAGCAGUUGAAUUAAUUGUAGAUCUAACAAUGACCGUCCUGAACACUGUCUCAGGCCUGUUCAGGAGUGCUGGAGAUUAUUUUAAGCUGGGUUCUGGAGCACUAGAUGAAGUGAAUGAUUGGAUUCGGGCUCCAGCCGUCUACCUCUUCCAUUUAUUUGAAGGUCUGCUGGAUUUGGUGAUUCUCCAACCUCUGGAAAUAAUCAGUGGAGCAGUUGAAUUAAUUGUAGAUCUAACAAUGACCGUCCUGAACACUGUCUCAGGCCUGUUCAGGAGUGCUGGAGCUUGGAUCCCUUCUAUCGGCCUGAGUCCAGUGGACUUAGCCAGCAGUGCUCUGGAAGGAGCUGGAAACCUCAAAAGUGCCAUCUUCACCCACAUAUCCAGCCUGUUUUCUGGAGAUGAAGGAGGCAUUUCCGACAUUAACUUCGAUCCCAUGAAAGUUGUCACAGACACUGUUGAAGAGUUUGCUGACAGGAGAGACAUGGUCCUGUCGUAUCUCUCAAAUAUCAUGAUGAAGGAUAAAGAGGAGGUGCCACACGUGAUCCGAAGGAAAGGAGAAUUUCUGCCGCCUAUGGAAAAAGUUGCAGAGGUGUUGGGCAGAACUCGUGAAGCUGCAUACCGAGAAAUGAGGAGCAGACUUUUGAAGGAAGCUGUUGCUAAACAAGAGGCGAAGGAGGCUGAUAUGAAAGAUGUGGAGGACCAAAGACAAGCAGAAGCUCCUGGAGCAAAAGCUUUAGACCAGAUAGAUUCACUUGAUGAGAUGCCUUCUGAAGAUAUUAUGGAAGAUUCUGAAGAUGAUAUUGAGGUUAUGGAUGAGGAGGAAUAUGCUACAACUGGUGAAGAUAUUAUUGAGGAGGACACUACACCUGGUGAAGAUGAUAUUGAGGAGGACACUACACCUGGUGAAGAUGAAAUUGAGGAGGACACUACACCUGGUGAAGAUGUUAUUAAUGAGGACACUACACCUGGUGAAGAUGUUAUUGAAGAGGACACUACACCUGGUGAAGAUGUUAUUGAGGUUAUGGAUAAGAAGGAAGACGCUAAACCUGGUGAAGAUGUUAUUGAGGAGGACACUACACCUGGUGAAGAUGUUAUUGAGAUUAUGGAUGAGGAGGAAGAUGCUAAACCUGGUGAAGAUGUUAUUAAAGAGGACUCUACACCUGGUGAAGAUGUUAUUAAAGAGGACACUACACCUGGUGAAGAUGUUAUUAAAGAGGACACUACACCUGGUGAAGAUGUUAUUGAAGAGGACACUACACCUGGUGAAGAUGUUAUUGAGGUUAUGGAUAAGAAGGAAGACGCUACACCUGGUGAAGAUGUUAUUGAGGAGGACACUACACCUGGUGAAGAUGUUAUUGUGAUUAUGGAUGAGGAAGAAGAUGCUAAAUUUAGUGAAGAUGCUAUCGAGAUUAUAGAUAAGAAGGAAGAUGCUAAACCUGGCGAAGAUGUUAUUAAGAUUAUGAAUAUGGAGGAAGACACUAAACUUGGUGAAGAUGAUUCUGUGGUCAUAACAGACAAAAUGAACUCAUUACUUGAUGUCAUAUCUAAAGAGGCCAUGUCCGAAACUAUUGAGGAAUUGUCUGAAGUCGUGGGUGAAGUAGGUGAAGUAAAAUUACUUGAAAUGACUGAUGUGAUUUUUGAUGAUGACACAACUGAAACUGUUGGUGUAUCUGAUGUUCUGGAUAUUCUAAAUGAAGAAGAACCAACAGAAUCAUCUGAAACCACUACAGAAACCACUGAUGGAGGCCACAGUGAAGUGAGCAAUGUAGAGGAGCUCACAUCUGAAGCUUUUAUCGAUGAUGAGGAACCAAUAAAAUCUAAUGAAACCAGUGCAGACACCACUGUUCAAGAUCAAAUCCAAAUUGUUUCUUUCCCAGAAGCCGUUCUUGAAGAAGAACCUCGUAAUGCAACUCUUAAUCUUGAUGAAACUGAGAUUAAAAGUGGUGUGUUGUUUGAGCAUCCUGUGAAAGACGACAAAGAAGCCAAUUAUGAAGACAGUAAAGAAUCAAAGGACCAAUCAAAGGCACAAGAUGGGCAGUUUGCAAUCAGGAAAGAAGAAAGCACUGAUAAAAAUAGCCAAGAUAAAUGGAUGAGAGCUUCAGAAGACACAGAAUUCAGUGUUUAUAAAGAGAACGUUGAGUUUCUGUUGGGACACUUAAAUAUUAGAACUGGCUAUGAUGAAAAUAAUAACAACAAUGAGUGUAAGAGGCGUACAAUCAAAAGUGACCAUCUACGACAAAGAGCAAUGGCCAAAGCUGAAGACAAGAAGCUUCUUGAUCAAGCAGAUGACCAAGAAGAACAUCUUCUUAAAGAGAACGCCAAAGUUCUAGAGCAAGACAGGAUUGCCAGAGAGAAGAAAGCCAGGGAGGAGGUCUUCAGAGUCCUUCAAGAACUGAGAGCAGAGAAAACAAAACAGCAGGAACGAAAAGCAAAGAAAGAGAAGAAAACAGAAAAAGAGAAAGACAAAGAAGAGUUGAAGAAGGAAAAGCCUGAAGAGGACAUAAGCAUACUGCUGAAACCUAAAGAGGCUGAACUGGUGGAAGGCGUGGUUAAUGCCACAGUCAAAGAGAUAAAGGUCAUCACAGGGAAAGCUGAACCAGUAAAGAAAGAAGCUGAAGCUCCCAAAAAGAAGGUUAAACCAGCCCCGGUAAAAGAGGCUGAGAUUUUCAAAGAAAAGGCAGAAAGUGUACCAGUUAAGAAAGAAUCUGAACCUGCUCCCAAGAAAAAGGCAAAACCUGAACUUUCUCCCAAAGAAGUGGCAAAACCUCAACUUGUCCCAAAAGAAAAAUCAAAACCUGAACCUGUCCCUAAAGAAGUGGCAGAAUCUGAAGUUGUUCCUAAAGAAAAAUCAAAACCUGAACCUGUUUCUAAAGAAACAACAAAACCAGUUCCAAAGGAAAAGGCAAACACCAAACCUGUUUCAAGAGAAAAAGAAAAACCUGAACCUGUUCCAAAAGAGAGGGCAAAACCAGAACUUGUUCCAAAAGAAAAGGAAAAGCCUGAACCUGUUCCUAAAGAGAGGGCAAAACCAGAACUUGUUUCAAAAGAAAAGAAAAAGCCUGAACCAGAUUCAAAAGAAAAGGUGGAAACUGAACUAGCUCCAAAGGAACAGGUCAAACCUGAACCGGCUCCAGAGAAAAAGGAAAAGCCUGAAUCAGUUCUAAAGGUAAAGGAAAAACCUGAACCAGCCUUCAAGGAAAAAGUCAAAACUGAACCAGCUCCAAAGGAACAGGUGAAACCUGAACCAAUUGUAAUGGAAAAGGAGAAACCUGAACCUGUUCCAAAGGAAAAGGCGAAACCUGAACCAGCUCCAAAGGAAAAGGCGAAACCUGAACCAGCUCCAAAGGAAAAGGCGAAACCUGAACCUGUUCCAAAGGUAAAGGUGAAACCUGAACCUGUUCCAAAGGAAAAGGCGAAACCUGAACCUGUUCCAAAGGAAAAGGCAAAACCUGAACCAGCUCUAAAGGAAAAGGCGAAACCUGAACCUGUUCCAAAGGUAAAGGCAAAACCGGAACCUGUUAUAAAGGAAAAGAAGAAACCUGAACUUGUUUCAAAGGAAAAGGCAAAACCUAAACCAGCUACAAAGGAAAAGGUGAAACCUGAACCUGUUACAGAGGUAAAGGCAAAACCGGAACCUAUUGCAAAGGAAAAGGUAAUAUCUGAAAAAGCUCCAAAUGACAAGGCAAAGCCUAAACCAAUUCCAAAAGAAAAGCCAAAACCUGAACUGACUCCAAAAGAAAAGACAAAACCUGAACCUGUUCCAAAAGAAAAGACAAAACCUGAACCUGUUCCUAAAGAAAAGGUAAAACCUGAACCUGUUCCUAAAGAAAAGGCAAAACCUGAACCUGUCCCUAAAGAAAAGGCAAAACCUGAACCUGUUCCAAAAGAAAAGACAAAACCUGAACCUGUUCCUAAAGAAAAGGCAAAACCUGAACCUGUUCCUAAAGAAAAGGAAAAGCCUGAACCUGUUCCGAAAGAAAAGCCAAAACCUGAACCUGUUCCAAAAGAAAAGGAAAAGCCUGAACCUGUUCCGAAAGAAAAGGUAAAACCUGAACCUGUUCCAAAAGAAAAGGAAAUGCCCGAACCUGUUCCUAAAGAAAAGGCAAAACCUGAACCUGUUCCUAAAGAAAAGGCAAAACCUGAACCUGUUCCUAAAGAAAAGGCAAAGCCUGAACCUGUUCCUAAAGAAAAGGCAAAACCUGAACCUGUUCCAAAAGAAAAGGUAAAACCUGAACCUGUUCCUAAAGAAAAGGAAAAGCCUGAACCUGUUCCUAAAGAAAAGGCAAAACCUGAACCUGUUCCAAAAGAAAAAGCAAAGCCUGAACCUGUUCCAAAAGAAAAGGCUAAACCUGAACCUGUUCCUAAAGAAAAGGAAAAGCCUGAACCUGUUCCUAAAGAAAAGGCAAAACCUGAACCUGUUCCUAAAGAAAAGGUAAAACCUGAACCUGUUCCUAAAGAAAAGGCAAAGCCUGAACCUGUUCCUAAAGAAAAGGCAAAACCUGAACCUGUUCCAAAAGAAAAGGAAAAGCAUGAACCUGUUCCUAAAGAAAAGGCAAUACCUGAACCUGUUCCAAAAGAAAAGGAAAUGCCUGAACCUGUUCCUAAAGAAAAGGCUAAACCUGAACCUGUUCCUAAAGAAAAGGCAAAACCUGAACCUGUUCCAAAAGAAAAGGAAAAGCCUGAACCUGUUCCUAAAGAAAAGGCAAAACCUGAACCUGUUCCAAAAGAAAAGGCAAAGCCUGAACCUGUUCCUAAAGAAAAGGCAAAACCUGAACCUGUUCCUAAAGAAAAGGCAAAGCCUGAACCUGUUCCUAAAGAAAAGGUAAAACCUGAACCUGUUCCUAAAGAAAAGGAAAAGCAUGAACCUGUUCCUAAAGAAAAGGCAAAACCUGAACCUGUUCCAAAAGAAAAGGCAAAGCCUGAACCUGUUCCUAAAGAAAAGGCAAAGCCUGAACCUGUUCCUAAAGAAAAGGCAAAACCUGAACCUGUUCCAAAAGAAAAGGCAAAACCUGAACCUGUUCCAAAAGAAAAGGCAAAGCCUGAACCUGUUCCCAAAGAAAAGGAAAAGCCUAAACCAGCUCCUAAGGAAAAACCUGAACCUGUUCCCAAAGAAAAGGAAAAGCCUGAACCUGUUCCAAAAGAAAAGGCAAAGCCUGAACCUGUUCCAAAGGAAAAGCCUGAACCUGUUCCUAAAGAAAAGGAAAAGCCUGAACCUGUUCCUAAAGAAAAGGAAAAGCCUGAACCUGUUCCAAAAGAAAAGGCAAAACCUGAACCUGUUCCUAAAGAAAAGGCUAAACCUGAACCUGUUCCUAAAGAAAAGGAAAAGCCUGAACCUGUUCCAAAAGAAAAGGCUAAACCUGAACCUGUUCCAAAGGAAAAGGAAAAGCCUAAACCAGCUCCUAAGGCUAAACCUGUACCUGUUCCUAAAGAAAAGGCAAAACCUGAACCGGCUCCAAAAGAAAAGGAAAAGCCUGAAUCUGUUCCUAAAGAAAAGGAAAAGCCUGAACCUGUUCCUAAAGAAAAGGCAAAACCUGAACCUGUUCCAAAAGAAAAGGCAAAACCUGAACCUGUUCCUAAAGAAAAGGCAAAACCUGAACCUGUUCCUAUAGAAAAGGCGAAACCUGAACCUGUUCCUAAAGAAAAGGCAAAAGCUGAGCCAAAGCAAGAACCUGAACCAGUGGUAAAGGAAAAGGUAAAGCCUGAACCUCUUCCUAAAGAAAAGGUGAAACCUGAAACAGUUGUAAAGGAAAAAGCAAAACCUGAACCUGUGCCAAAGGAAAAGGCAAAAUCUGAACCUGUUCCUAAAGAGAAGGCCAAACCUGAACCAGUUGUAAAGGAAAAGGCAAAACCAGAACCAACUCCUAAGGAAAAAGCUAAACCUGAGCCAGCUGUAAAGGAAAAGGCAAAACCUGAACCAGUACCAAAGGAAAAGGCAAAACCUGAACCAGUGGUAAAGGCAAAAGCAAAACCUGAACCAGUUCCCAAAGAGAAGGCCAAACCUGAACCAGCUGUAAAGGAAAAGGCAAAACCCAAGCCAGUUAUAAAGGAAAAGGCAAAACUUGAACCAGUGGUAAAGGCAAAGGCAAAACCUGAACUACUUCCUAAAGAGAAGGCUAAACCUGAACCAGCUGUAAAGGCAAAAGCAAAACCUGAACCAGAGGCUAAACCUGAACCAGCUGUAAAGGAAAAAGCAAAACCUGAACCUGUUCCCAAAGAGAAGGCCAAACCUGAACCAGCUGUAAAGGCAAAAGCAAAACCUGAACCAGAGGUAAAGGCAAAACCUGAACCUGUUCCCAAAGAGAAGGCCAAACCUGAACCAGCUGUAAAGGAAAAGGCAAAACCUGAACCUGUUCCCAAAGAAAAGGUCAAACCUGAACCUGUUCCCAAAGAAAAGGCCAAACCUGAACCUGUUCCCAAAGAAAAGGCCAAAUCUGAACCUGUUCCCAAAGAGAAGGCCAAACCUGAACCAGCUGUAAAGGAAAAGGCAAAACCUGAACCUGUUCCCAAAGAAAAGGUCAAACCUGAACCUGUUCCCAAAGAAAAGGCCAAACCUGAACCUGUUCCCAAAGAAAAGGCGAAACCUGAACCUGUUCCCAAAGAAAAGGCAAAACCUGAACCAGUUGUAAAAGAAAAGGCUAAACCUGAACCUGUUCCCAAAGAGAAGGCCAAACCUGAACCAGCUGUAAAGGAAAAGGCAAAACCUGAACCUGUUCCCAAAGAAAAGGUCAAACCUGAACCUGUUCCCAAAGAAAAGGCAAAACCUGAACCAGUUGUAAAAGAAAAGGCUAAACCUGAACCAGUUGUAAAGGAAAAGGCAAAACCUGAACCUGUGCCAAAGGAAAAGGCGAAACCUGAACCUGUGCCAAAGGAAAAGGUGAAACCUGAACCUGUGAUAAAGGAAAAGGUGAAACGUGAACCUGUGCCAAAGGAAAAGGUGAAACCUGAACCUGUGCCAAAGGAAAAGGCGAAACCUGAACCUGUGCCAAAGGAAAAGGCGAAACCUGAACCUGUGCCAAAGGAAAAGGUGAAACCUGUGCCAAAGGAAAAGGUGAAGCCUGAACCUGUGCCAAAGGAAAAGGUGAAACCUGAACCUGUGCCAAAGGAAAAGGUGAAACCUGAACCUGUGCCAAAGGAAAAGGUGAAACCUGAAUCUGCGCCAAAGGAAAAGGUGAAGCCUGAACCUGUGCCAAAGGAAAAGGCGAAACCUGAACCUGUGCCAAAGGAAAAGGCGAAACCUGAACCUGUGCCAAAGGAAAAGGCGAAACCUGAACCUGUGCCAAAGGAAAAGGUGAAACCUGAACCUGUGCCAAAGGAAAAGCUGAAGCCUGAACCUGUGUCAAAGGAAAAGGUGAAGCCUGAACCUGGGCCAAAGGAAAAGGUGAAGCCUGAACCUGGGCCAAAGGAAAAGGUGAAACCUGAACCUGUGCCAAAGGAAAAGGUGAAGCCUGAACCUGUGCCAAAGGAAAAGGUGAAACCUGAACCUGUUCCAAAGGAAAAGGUGAAACCUGAACCUGUGCCAAAGGAAAAGGUGAAACCUGAACCUGUGCCAAAGGAAAAGGUGAAGCCUGAACCUGUGCCAAAGGAAAAGGUGAAACCUGAACCUGUUCCAAAGGAAAAGGUGAAACCUGAACCUGUGCCAAAGGAAAAGGUGAAGCCUGAACCUGUGCCAAAGGAAAAGGUGAAGCCUGAACCUGGGCCAAAGGAAAAGGUGAAACCUGAACCUGUGCCAAAGGAAAAGGUGAAACCUGAAUCUGCGCCAAAGGAAAAGGUAAAGCCUGAACCUGUGCCAAAGGAAAAGGCGAAACCUGAACCUGUGCCAAAGGAAAAGGUGAAACCUGAACCUGUUCUAAAGGCGAAGCCGAAACCUGAACCUGUGCCAAAGGAAAAGGUGAAGCCUGAACCUGUGCCAAAGGAAAAGGUGAAGCCUGAACCUGUGCCAAAGGAAAAGGUGAAACCUGAACCUGUGCCAAAGGAAAAGGUGAAACCUGAACCUGUUCCAAAGGAAAAGGUGAAGCCUGAACCUGUGCCAAAGGAAAAGGUGAAGCCUGAACCUGUGCCAAAGGAAAAGGUGAAACCUGAACCUGUGCCAAAGGAAAAGGUGAAACCUGAACCUGUGCCAAAGGAAAAGGUGAAACCUGAACCUGUUCUAAAGGCGAAGCCGAAACCUGAACCAGCUCCAAAGAAAGAACCUGAACCUGCUCCAAAAGAAAAGGCAAAACCUGAACCUACACCAAAGAAAGAGCCAAAGGUUGCCAAAGAAGCACCGAUCCCUGUAGUGCAUCCCGCCCCCAAAGAUUUGGGUGUGGAGCUAGAGCUGCUGAAAGCCAUCAACCAAAAACUGUCUAUCCUGGAUCUGCUGAGGAAAGAUAUCGGUGAAAUAAGGUCUGACCUGGAGGUCACACAGAGCCAGAUCGAUCAGUUAAAGAUGGACAAUAGAACCAUCAAAGAGCCCCAGGAGAUCAAAGAGAAAGCGACAAAGAAAGGACCCGCUCCUUUGAAAGAGAAGCUUAAAGUCUCCACUGUAGUAAAAGGACGCGAGGCUCUGAAAAACAUCACUAAAGCAGCGGCUGUGAAGAAAGAACGACCUCUGAGAAAUGUCACCAAACCAGCCGUAUCCAAGAAAGAAGAGGUUCCAAAGGAAAAGAUCAAACCAGAACCUAAGAAGAAAGAAAUCAUAAAAGAAGAAGUCACUCUAGAACCAGAGGCAGUCAAAGAGGAAGAAAAACCCACAGAAAAGGUCGUGACCAAAGAGAAGGAAGUAAAAGAAGAACCUGUGGUGAUCAAGGAGGAACCAGUGGAAGAAGAAGAAGACGUGCCGUACUUCCAGUGUUUCUACGUGGACGAAUACGAUAUGCAGUAUCCCUUCUUCCCUUUCUCUCCUCCCUAUUUAUGACUGCCGCUGCCCAACUGAACACACUGAGCGACAGCGACAGCUACCGCUUCACCUGGUGGCAUCAUCUGCUGCUGCCAUGGCGGUGUCUGGUCCUCUAUCUCCACGUGACGGAGUGGAGUGUUGAGGAAAGUUAAUUUUAACCCCUGAGACGAGCUUUCACACACAGAGCACAAGAAACCUGAUUCCUUUCCCUCUUAAAUAGCCAGUGUUUGAGUAUGUUUAGUGUCCUGAAGGCCUCGAGCCUCGUGUAGAGUUCCUCACAGGGUUCAGGUGCAUUCAGAGCUUCUCCCUGGAGCUUUUAAACCAGUGCCCUCGCUCCGGGAACAUCUACAGUUUCUGCUGAGGUAAAAUUUCCUUUUGUUUAUAUUGUGUCCUGUAUGUUUUAAAGCUGUGUGUCCAAAAAGGAAAGGAAACUAACAGUGUGUAUGUGUUUCCAUGAAAGCUCUGACAGGUUUAAGACAAGGUUUCAACAACAAAGCCAAGGUUUUACGCAACGACCAAUAACCUUCAACCUUCAAAGUUCCUCAUUUUGAUAGAGUGCUUAAUCUCAAAGCGCUCCACUGUUUUCUAUCAAAAUCUAGAAACAAAAUGAUGGUUAAAAAGGAGUUUCCUAUAUAAUCCUUUUAUAAUCCUUGAUUUUAUGGAUUAUGUAGUCGAAUAUGUGACAAAAACCAGUGGUAAUAUUCUUUUAGGCUCCACUGUAAACUCAAUGAAGGCAGUCUGAGACACUAGUCUCACUGUCCGAUAACCUUGAUUCGUAAGUUCCUCAUUUUGAUAGGGUGCUUAAUCUCAAAGCACCUCACUGUUUUCUAUCAAAAUCUAGUAUCAAAAUGAUGGUUUAAAAGGAGUUUCCUAUAUAAUCCUUGAUUUAAAGAAUUAUGUAGUCGAAUAUGUGACAAAAAACAGUGGUAAUAUUGUCAGAAUUAAAUUCGUGAGCUGUUCACGUUGCUCUUCAAAGCCUUCAAACACCCUUUAAAUAGGGUCACGGCACCACUUGAAGAUGCUAAAACUGAACAUUGCUCCAAUAAUCUUAGUGUUAGUGUCAAUUUAUGUGUAUUUUUGUUCAACAAAUACCAAAAAUGAUAUAUAUUAGCAUAGACAGUGAUGAAAAAAAUGCAAUGUCUCUCAAAAAUGCACUGUAAACUCAAUGAAGGCAGUCUGAGACACACAUCUCAAUGACCCAUAACCUUGCUUCAUAAGUUCCUUAUUUUGAUAGAGUGCUGAACCUCAAAGUGCUCCACUGUUUUCUAUCAAAAUGAUGGUUUAAAAGGAGUUUCCUGCAUAAUCCUUUUAAAACAGAUGUUGUAUCAGUGAUGUAAUGGAUUAUGUAGUCGAAUAUGUGACAAAAACCAGUGAUAAUAUUGUAAAAAUGAAAUUAGUGAGCUGUUCACGUUGCUCUUCAAAGCCUUCAAAACCCCUUUAAAAAGGGUCACGGUACCAUUUGAAGAUGCUAAAACUGAACAUUGCUCCUAUUGCUCCAAUAUUCUUAGUGUUAUUCUCAAUUUAUGUGUAUUUUUUCUUCAAUAAAUGCCAAAAACUAUAUAUAAACAUGAACAGCAAUGUCCAAAAGAUGCAACAUCUCUCAAAAAUCCUUUACGCUCCACUGUAAACUCAAUGAAGGCAGUCUGAGACUCUAGUGCUCCACUGUUUUCUAUCAAAAUGAUGGUUUAAAAGGAGUUUCCUGCAUAAUCCUUUUAAAAAAGAUGUUGUAUCAGUGAUUUAAUGGAUUAAUUAGUCGAAUAUAUGAAAAAAUACAGUGGUAAUAUUGUAAGAAGGAAAUUAGUGAGCUGUUCAUGUUGAUCUUCAAAGCCUUCAAACACUCUUUAAAGAGGGUCACGGCACCACUUGAAGAUGCUAAAACUGAACGUUGCUCCAAUAAUCUCAAUUUUAGAAUCAAUUUAUAUAUGUUUUGGUCAAUACAUACCAAAAACUCUCUUUAUACGCGUGGACAGUGACUUUUCAAAGGUGCAACGUCUCUCAAAAAGGAAGCCACCACUGGUUUAGCACCUCUGAAGCGCAGUAGCUUCGGUUUGUCACAGCGGUUAAUAGAGUAAACAGAGCUGAGUGAUGGUAAUGUAAUUUGUUUUAUUUGAGGGAAAUGGAAAUGUUUUGGUGAUAAAAACAUGUACUGCUCUUUUACUUUUGGGAAAUUAAUUACAUUAACUGGACAAACCUGAUCAAAUAUGCUGUGCUUCUGAUUCUUUAGGCUACACUGUAAACUCAAUGAAGGCAGUCUGAGACGCUAGUGAAGGUGAUUGAAACCACAGAGUCCAUGUUCAUAUAUAGUCAUUGGUUUGAACGUAUCAGCACAGCCAAAGACUGAUGUUUAUGAGGAAUGAGGGCGUGGCCAGAACAAGACUCCCAUCAGUUUGAGUCUAAGGUCUUAACCUAUCAUUGAUUUCUUCAACCCUGCAUUGACCAAACUAUCGUUUUAAUAUUUAAUCUGAAGUGAAAGGCGAUAGCAGUGAAGGAGGAACAUAGAGGUAAAGAUGUAAUGAAGUGAUAAGGUGAUGUGCAUCUCUACGUUUUUUUGUUUUUUUUUUGCAGAAAUGAAUACCUGUUCUAAAUAAAUACCAGUUGCAAAGGUAACUGAGCCCUUUGGAAUUACCUGAAUUUAUUCCUAUUAGUUCAUUACUAAAAAAUAAAUCCUUAAAAAAUCUUAUAAUUAACAAUUAUAGGUGAACACAAUCUAACUACACUGUAUUUCCAUGCUUUGUAUUGAGUGCAUUGUGAAAACUAAGUAAAUAUCCACAUUGCAGGCUAGAAAAAGUAAGUGAAUCUUUUAAUUCAUUAACCUGUAGACUCUCUGGCAAUGUUUUCUGAUUUUCACAAUGUAAUCAGUGUAGAAAUUCAAAUAAUUACAAAGGGUCUAAUUACUUUUAUUGCAGCUAUAUACAUAUGUUAUGGUACAUACAUAUAUAUUAUAUUAUAUAUAUUAUUGUAUAAAUAUGACAUUUCAUAAUUAUUAUUAUGACAUACAGUAAGAGUCAAACGCUUGGACAUAGUGAAGUGAUCUAUCCGAUUAUGAAGGAACACAUAAGGAAUCAUGUAGUAACUUAAAAACAGUGUUAAACAAACCAAAAUACUCUGUGAAGAAGCUUUUAGAUGCUCUUAUCUAAGGAGCUGUUUGUUAACUUUUGGUUUCUGAGGCUGGUAACUCUGAUUAACUUAUCCUGUACAACAGAGCAAACUCUUGCUCUUCCUUUCCUGGGGUGGUCCUGAUGAGUGCCGGUUUCAUCACUUGACGAUACUUUCAAAGUUCUUGCUAUAAUAUGGAUUAGAACAUUACUCACAUUGUCUAAUACUUUGACUGGUACUGUGUGUUUAUGGUGAUUUAUAAUAAUGGCAUAUAAUAAUUAUUAAUUGACAGAUCUGAUAAGAGAUUUGUUUUGGUUUUUUUUGGGGUUUUUUUUAUUAUUUUUAUUUAUUUUGCUAUUUUUUGGGGAAAAGAACUGGCAGACAGUGCAGGUCUGGAAUUAGACGCAGUGAUGUUUUAUAAUAUACAGUAAUGAAUGUCAUGUUCACUUUAAUGCAGUGUUUUUUUUUUUCAGCAUGAACCAAAGAAAACUGUUCCAGCAGAGAAAAACACGCUUUAAUGCUUUAAACUACCUGGGAUUUGUCAGCAUUUCCCUUUUAGCGUGUACUGUUUACACGACUCAGUCAAGAAAGUCACAUUUAGUGGCUUAACUGAUCAUUUAUUGCUCAUAAACGUUGAAUAUUUACACAGAUCGAGUGAAACAGGAAGGAACUGAUCUAAUGGAAAGUAUCAGUGUUUAUUUAAAAUGAGCUGAAGAUUGCGUAACACACUUGAAAGUGGGAGAUAGUUGAGAAUUAUUAGAAUUAAAGGCCGUAACGGUGUUUUAUACAGAUCCAGCUGCAGAUCUGGACACACACUGUUUAAUAAACUGGCCUGUUUAUGGAGAACAUAUUGAACAGAAAUGCAUGAGAGGUGUUUUAAAGCUGCUUAUGAAAUGUAAUAGUUUUGUGUAAAUCUGUAGUUUAAUGCAUCUGAGCUCAUAGACUGAGUGUUAAAACUGUUUAGAGUGUAAAAUGACAGAGAGAAAGGCUUAAAAACAGUUAAUUUAAUUGUAAAAAAAUAACAAUUAUUCUUUAAUUCUGGUCUGACAUCUUUAUUGUUCAGAAUUUUAAUACAGAAUACGUCCCUAAAGGAUUUAAGUGUAAUAAGUUGUUAAAUAAUGUACUGAUUUUAAUCAAUAUAAUUUUUGUCAUGUAUAAAAAUGGCUAAAGUUUUGAGUUGGACACAUUUUGGACAGUUUGAUCAUUCUAUCAUGUAUAGAAUGAUCAUGUAAACCAUUGAUAGAGUUGAUAUAUUGAGUAUUUGACUCCAUUUACAUCUUCAGAAUCCUGAUUGCAAUAUAUUGUCUAUAAUUUGCAUAUAGAGCUUUUACAGCCCUGAAACUGUAAUAAACUGUAAAUUCUGCUUGAUGUCUGCCUUCAAUAAAUAUGCAAAUGAUA